GAUGAUACACCACAGCGGUUGUGCUGUGUGGAAAUGGCCUGCAGACUCCAGCGUGACUGGGACGACAGCUGCCUUCAUGGUCAUGUCAUGACGUUGCGCCGUACCAGAACACGACUCCGGGAGUACAGCGGCUUCUCCGGGCUUGAUAGCCAAGUCGUGCUAGCAAUCAUUCAUGCUGCGCACGAGCUUGCGCUGCCUGGCCUGGACAAAAUGCAGCUGCGGCAGAAAAUAGUUAUGGCCGCGCGAUGGCGGUUUCUGUCCACGGCACUUCGCGUGGGCUGGAUUUUGGUGACUUGUGCCAGUGCUGUUGGCUGGCUCUGCUGGAAGACCAGGAACGCGACACACCUUCUCGGAAGUUAUCUUCUGGCAGCAACAGUGCGAUAA